AUGUCGGGCACACGCUUGUCUAUCGAGAACGCAGUUAGCACGCGUUCAUCAAGGUUCGCAAACCGAAAUCGUCGUAAGCGUGAGGCAAGGGUACCUAGUAGUGGCUCUAGCCGCAAGUCACCAUGUGAAAAGGACUUGGCGUGCAUCUUGCGCAACGAUGAGUCGCCAGAGGUCUCCAUGUCGAGGCGGCCGUGGCUGUAUGAAGUUCUCGAAGCUGUAUAA